UUUAAAGAUCUUGUCUUUUUGAAGUGAUCAGCGUUUAGAUUUGUUGCCUAUCUUAGUAGGAUUUGGAAAGCUUAACUUUGGUGGUGGUUCUGUUUUUGUGCUUUCGUUGCUUUAUGUAUAGGAUGGAGAAUCUUACAUGGUCUCUCUUAUGAAAUCAUAUGCAAAAUGUAAUCCUUUUGUGUAGAUUUUGGCCGUUAUUUUAUGAGAUUGAGGGCUUUUUUCUUGGAAUCCAUGUAAAAUAUUGGGACUUUUUGCUGUUCUGGCCUUCUGGGUCUACAGAAUUUCAAGUUAUAGGUGGAGUGGUGGAGACUGAUUGAAUGAUUUUGAAAUGCUUGAAGUGAAGGACGAGCUUAGUUCUAACCGCGGAGAUGAAUUCCCAGUAAGGAGAAUAUGUUAAGUAUUGAUUUGGAUGGUUGAGUAUGUGUUUCAAAUGGAAGGUCAUUGGGUUGGUGAAUAGGCUAAUGUCAAGUUGCUGAAGAGGUAUUGAUUGGAUAUUGGUGGUUGAACAGGUGCAGAAAUAUUUCCGGUCUUUUGAUGCCUUGAACAGGCAAGUACCGAAUGAAUAUCUGCCAAGUUGGAAAUCGAGCUGUUUCUUAAAUUUUUGAUGCGUAGAGAUGCUUCCAAGUUGUCUUUUGAGAGAAAUCAGCUAUAAUAUUUGAAUACCAAAUUUUGGGUUUAUUUAUUAAAUAUCAAUUAAACGAUGAGAAUUGGCGUGUAAAGCCAAAAAGCUGAAUCAAGUUAUGUUGUGGAAAAAAGGCAAAAUAUUAGAUGAGACUUGCUAAGUGAUUCUACUUUGAAUAAACCGGUGAAAUGGAGUCCAACUUGUGCUGCCAUUUUACUAGCACUUCAUCAACAGCCAGCAUUUGUGUUGAGAACACAUCAAUUAACACCGUAUCUGUAGCAGCUGGCCGUAAUGUAGUAUGAUAGUUUAAUCCGGUGCAUUCUAUUGAUUAUAUAUUGGAUAGCUUGUUUUGGGAUUUUCCUGAUCCAGCAAAAAUGGAUGAGGAAGCUUCAUCUGUGAAGAAGGAUCAAUUAACAGCAGAUCAUCCCACAGUUAAUUGUGAGAAGCAGGAAACUGCUGUUCAGGCAGGAGACAUCCUUUCUCGGGUUUCUCAAACUCAUGAUGUGAUCAUGACACUGGACAAAACAAUUUCCUCAUUGGAGAUGCAGCUAGCUUCAGCAAGAGCUGCAAAAGUUAUCAAUGAGGAUGGAUCUCCGAUGGUCACAAAAUCAGGAACCGAGCAUUUGAAGGAGCGACCAAAGGUUUUCUUUGUUAUGGGAAUAAUUACUGCAUUCAGCAGCAGGAAGCGAAGGGACUCGAUUAGAGAAACCUGGAUGCCCAAAGGAGAGGAGUUAAAAAAGUUGGAAACAGAGAAGGGUAUUAUAAUACGGUUUGUUAUAGGACACAGUGCAUCUCCAGGUGGUGUUUUGGACCGUGCUAUUGAAGCAGAAGAUGAUCAACACAAGGAUUUCCUGAGACUGAAUCAUGUAGAAGGUUAUCAUGAAUUAUCGUCGAAAACACAAAUAUAUUUUUCAACAGCUGUUGCUAAGUGGGAUGCUGACUUCUAUAUUAAAGUUGAUGACGAUGUGCACAUAAAUCUUGGCAUGGUCGGAUCUACCUUGGCCCGUCAUAGAUCAAAGCCUCGUGUUUAUAUGGGUUGUAUGAAGUCUGGACCUGUACUAGCACAGACAGGAGUCAAGUACCAUGAGCCAGAAUAUUGGAAAUUUGGUGAGGAGGGGAACAAGUAUUUUCGGCAUGCAACUGGGCAAAUAUAUGCAAUUUCUAAAGACUUGGCCACCUAUAUCUCAGUAAAUCGACACAUACUUCAUAGAUAUGCAAAUGAAGAUGUUUCUCUAGGUUCUUGGUUUAUUGGUCUUGAUGUUGAGCAUAUUGAUGAUCGAAGCCUCUGCUGUGGGACUGCACCUGAUUGCGAGUGGAAAGCCCAGGCAGGUAAUCCUUGUGCUGCAUCGUUUGAUUGGAGCUGCAGUGGCAUUUGUAAGUCAGUGGAAAGAAUGGAGGAAGUACACCAGCGAUGUGGGGAAGGUGAGGGAGCAAUCUGGCAUACAAGUUUCUGAAACUUUUUCUCUUGUAAUAUAGUUUUUUGUGUGUGAUUUAAGCUGUUGGUUUAGACAACACCAUCUGCCCGAUUUUUGCUGUCGAUGCCUCGGACAUUUGGUGCAUGAUUAAAUUAAUUACUUCACAUACAGAUUAUCAAGUCAGGAAAAGAAAUAUGGUGUAGUUCCAAAGA